AUGGCGGAUGAAAAAUAUUGGCUGUUUGAUGGUACCAAUUUUGGAAAUUGGAAGUACCGCAUAGAAGUGCUGAUGGAAGACAAAGGAUUGCUUGACUGCCUCGAGAAGGCGAUAGAAGAUGAAGAUUAUGCAAAAGAAGUUCCAGGAGACACAGCGGUGGUCUUAGCGGAAAAGAAGAAGAAGCUUGACUUGCGCAUCAGCAGAGAUCGUAAGUGCAAAAAUAUCCUUGUCAAUCGUAUCGGAGAAGACCAACUGGAUUAUGUGAAAGACACGCGUACAGCGAAAGAGGCUUGGGACGCCUUGAAGAACGUGUUCGAGCGUGUUGGCAUAGCAGGUAAACUUCUACUCAAGAAGCAGUUCCAAGAACUGAAGCUGAAAGAGGGUGGUGAUGUAAAGGCAAAUUUGCUGCAGUUCGAAAAAGUGCUGCGUGACAUGCGGGCUGCUGGUGUUAAAACCGAUGAAGAAGACACGGACCAGCUAACAAUGGAUUACGUCAAGAAACGUCUGAUGGACGAAUCGGCCAAGCGGGCAAAUCAUGAUGUCUCACAAAGCAGGAUAAGAGAAUCAGCUUUCACCGGAAACAAAGAAAUGCGUCAGAGAGGUCUAAUUGGCUGA